UUGAAACUGAUAAGGACAUGACGUAACAUUAUUUAAGCACAAGCGCUUGAAUGAGCAGCAACUGUUGGACUCUCAACUUAUUUGCCAGAAGAAAACGCCUCCGGAGGGCUUAGAAAAUGGAUCCAUACAAUAAAGGCGCUGAAGCUCCACCUAACUACUGGCAGAUCCAGACUCCAGUAAAUCAACAACCGUAUAGCUAUGGUGCCCCAGGUCCGGCGUACCCAAAUCAGGGAUAUCUCUCUCCUCCAACGCAACAGCCAAUGCCAAGUUCGACUACUGUUGUCGUCACUGGGAUGAGUCAUCCAGCACAACAACAAACAGUGGUUAUGGCUUUUGGAAAUGCACCUACACAGAUUACUUGUGGAACCUGCCGUAAUACAGUGAUCACCACUGUAGAACGUGGAGUAGGGGGAGCUGCCUGCUGCUGGAUGAUAUGUUUGUGUUUGUUCUGCUGGCCUCUCUUUUGGAUCCCCCUAAUUUCGGAUUCCAUCAGAGACACGGAACAUUACUGUCCAGUUUGCAAAACUCAUCUAGGAACCGCCAGUGGAAACUGUUGCUAAGGGACACCUUUAAUAUGCAGUGGUUAAAGCUGUCAUCAAACCAAUAUACUGCGGUUAUAUAUAUAUAUAUGUGUUUAUGUAAUGCAAUUCAAUUUGGCCUUUACAAUAAAUUAUACCAUGGUGUCUUCUAAUUUAAUCUGAAAA